AUGGCCAACCUGGACUGCUCAGAGCACUGCGCUCAGCUGCAUUCCGGGGACACUGCAGCUGUAAAAGAUGUAGCUCUUGCUGACAAAGUGGACAGCUUCUGGUCAACUGGAAGGACAAAGGAAAAUAAACACAGGGGAGAAGGACUCAGAUCAAAGAGCAGGAAUCAAGAGGACCCUCCUUACACACGCAGAUAUGCACUGCUGAGAGCAACAGGGCACUGGCACACGGAGAAGAGAGCACUGGGAGGGGACACCAUCAAUGUCUGUAAGCGCCUAAGAGGCGGCAGCAAAGAGGAUGGAUGCAGGCUCUUGCCGGCGGUGCCGCGCAACAGGACGAGAGUGAACGGGCAGAAACUGAUGCACAGGAAGCUGAAUGGACUCCACAGAGAGGCUGUGGAGUCCCCCUCACUGGAGAUAUUCAAAAGCUGUCUGCACACAGUUCUGGCCAUGUGCUCGGGAAUGACCCUGCUGGAGCAGGGAGAUUGGACGGGAGGACGCACUGCGGUCCCUACCGACCUGACCCAUGCAGUCCCACCCAUCCUCACCCCACCGCCGCCUCCCCACGGCCCGGGGGCGCGGAGAGGGAGCGGCGCUGAGCCAGCCCCGGCCGGGCCCCGCUCCCGGCUCCCGGCCCCCCGCUCCCGGCUCUGCUCGGCCGCACGGCCCCGCAGGUGGAAGCGAAGGGAGGUGCCCGGUGCGGGCACCGGGAGCUCCCCGGGACUGCGCUUUCUCAUCGUGUGUGCGGGAUCUCCGGGCGCUUCUGUGGGAACGGCAGCCGCACACAAACCCUCAGCCUGCCUUCCCUUCACUGCUCAAACACCAGCGACCGCAGUGCAGUUGAGAAAGGUGCUGCCUUUCAUCUAUCGUGCCAUUGGUUCAAAGCAUCUUCCUGCCAGUAACAUCAGUUUUGUUCAUCUUGAUUCCCAUCCAGACCUUCUUAUUCCUGUGAAUAUGCCUGCAGACACCGUAUUUGACAAAGAAGCUCUUUUUAGUGAAUUAAGUAUUGAAAACUGGAUUAUGCCUGCUGUUUAUGCUGGCCAUAUUUGCCAAGUAGUGUGGCUUCACCCACGCUGGGCUCAGCAGAUCUCAGAAGGGGAACACAAUUUUCUGAUUGGGAAAGAUGUAUCAACAACAACGAUCAGGGUUACAGGCACAGAUAAUUACUUCUUAAGUGAUGGUCUUUAUGUUCCUGCUGAUCAGCUAGAAAACCAGAAGCCUUUAAAUUUGCACGUCAUUCUCAUCAAUCCUACUGAAUCAUCAAACAGGCGUGAAGGAAAUGGUGAAGGAGCAUCUGCUAAAAGACUGAAGCUAAAUACAGAUGACACAGCAAGUGCCACUUCUGCCUCUUCAGUGGCUCCUGGUGGCAUUGAUCACAUCAUCCCGAGUGUGAAGAAAAAGGAAAUACAAAAUGCAGGUGCCCUGAAUGGGCCAGAAACCUUGGCAGAGGGCUCAGCUUCAAACUGUCUCAAAAACAGUGAAUACCCAAUAAGGGACAUUGUUAAAGAUGUGUGCCAAGUACUGCAGAAAGGGGAUGCAUAUGUUUUGGACAUCGACUUAGAUUUUUUUUCAGUUAAAAAUCCUUUUAAGGAAAUGUACACACAGACAGAAUAUGAACUCUUGCAAGAGUUGUACAAUUUCAAGAAGCCACAUAAAAAUGCAACAGAGGAAGAUUUGCUGGAUUGUGUUGAAAACCGUGUUCAUCAGCUGGAAGAUCUGGAAGCAGCAUUUGCGGAUUUGUGUGACAGUGAUGACGAAGAAACCCUACAGAAAUGGGCUUCAUAUCCUGGAAUGAAGCCACUCAUUCAACUAGUUCACAGUUUGAAAACCAGGAUGGAGAGCCCAGACUAUGAAAUGGUCCAUCAAGCUGGUCUGACCUGUGAUUAUGUGGAGCUUCCUCACCAUGUUAGCACUGAAGAUGAGAUUGAAGGCCUCAUACAAUCCAUUAAAGUUCUGCUGACAGAUCUACCCAAGCCCACACUGGUGACAGUUGCUCGCUCAAGUUUGGAUGACUACUGCCCUUCAGAGCAGGUUGACAUAAUUCAAGAGAAGGUUCUCAAUUUACUACGUUCAGUGUAUGGUUCACUGGAUGUGCAGUUAGAUUACUCAAGCACUUCAUCUUCUUCAUGACCUUUCUUCAUGUGUUGCUGUCUAAUGCAAAGGAUUAAUUUAAAUUGUUCAUUAGCUGUGACUGCAAAGGGAAAACUGCUGUUAUUUCAGCAGGUGGCACUAGAGCCCAAGCUGA